ACCCAACCCACCCACCUCCCGACCCGUUCUUGUCUUUGUUUUCCCUUUCAAUCUUCUCCCUCUAUCGUGCGCUCCCCGGCCCUGUCGCACUCUGUUUGGUUCAAGAUGGAUGUCGUCCUCGAGCUCACGGAUACCUUCGUGACCGACUAUCUCUACGCUUUGGCCUUGCCGGCGAACCCUGUUGGUCUUGACAUUCCGAACCUCGCCAACUCCUCCGAGCGGGUGUCGUCGUCAUGGAAGUUCAAGACUGCGAACCCUUACUUCAGCUUCGAGCCCAGCAAAUAUGCCUACAUGAGCGUCUGGGACCGGGAUAACAUAUACCGUCAGACCAUCACCUUGUUCUUGCUCACCUGGAUCUUCGGCUUCAUCCUGUACUUCGUCUUUGCCACGCUGUCCUACGUCUUCGUCUUUGAUAAGAAAACCACCAAGCACCCCAAGUAUCUGAAGAAUCAGAUGUGGCUCGAGAUCAAGCAAGCGAACAGGGCUUUGCCCGGCAUGUCGGCUCUGACCACCCCGUUCUGGGUGCUCGAGGUCCGCGGCUGGACUAAGCUCUACGACACGCCUGCCGCUGGGCCCGGUCCGACGUACGAAAUCCUGCAGUACCCCUUCUUCAUCCUGUUCACGGAUGCCCUGAUCUACCUGGUUCACCGAGGGCUGCACCAUCCCUUGAUCUACAAGCACCUGCACAAGCCGCACCACAAGUGGAUCAUGCCCACGCCCUACGCCUCGCACGCCUUCCACCCCGUCGACGGCUUCCUGCAGUCCUUCCCCUACCACCUGUUCCCGAUGCUGUUCCCGCUGAACAAGUUCGCGUCCGUCGGGCUCUUCAUCUUCGUCAACUUCUGGACCAUCAUGAUCCACGACGGCGAGUAUGUCGCCGAGAGCGCCGUCAUCAACGGCGCCGCCUGCCACACCAUGCACCACCUCUACUUCAACUACAACUACGGCCAGUACACCACCUUCUGGGACAGGCUCGGCCGGAGCUACCGCAAGCCCGACCCCGAUCUCUUCCUGAAGGAGAAGAAGAUGAGCGAGGCCCAGUGGAAGCUGCAGGUCAAGGAGAUGGAGAAGAUGGUCGAGGAGGUCGAGGGCGAGGACGACCGCGCAUACGAGGCCCCCGUGUCUAAGAAAAACAAUUAAACGCACUCGGCGUCUUGCGUCGCUUGAUUUUCCUUUCCCCAAACCCCCGCUACACGCGUACGACGGAUGACGGAUGAAAAGGCAGACA